AUGCCGUCAUCGACUCAGUUGUUUCAUAACAAUCUCCACGACCUUCAUAAUCAUACAAGCACUGCUAUGGUGCCUCAUUAUAAUCAUCUUCAACAAUGCCUUCCCCAUCCUCAUGUAAGAGGAAUGGCACCAUUUCCAUACUAUCCAGUUAAUAUGUGUGUGCAACCCGGUCAUCCACCAACUGGUCACAUGUGGCCAUCGUUUGGGAAUUCAUCUUCCAGUGAAGUGAAACCUAGUAAGGUUGACAGAAGAGAGGCAGCCUUGAUCAAAUUUCGGCAGAAAAGGAAGGAGCAGUGUUUUGAUAAGAUCAGAUAUGUUAAUAGAAAGAGGCUAGCUGAAAGAAGGCCUCGAGUGGGGGGACAAUUCGUGAGAAAGAAUUGA